CGGCGGCGGCGGCGGCGGCGCCGCGCCGGACCCGGGAGGCCACCUGCGGGAGGCGAGGAGCCUGGACGGAGCCCGAGGCCCAGGGCCGACCUCCCAUGUCUGGCGAUGGACGAGGACAGCAUGGACGAGCUCGUGGGCCGCAGCCCGCGGACAGACGGACGCAGGCGACUCGGUGCCGCCGCCCCGGCCAGCGAUGCCGGCUCUGAGGACGACUCGGGCAGCGAGCAGAGCGACGAGCAGAGCGACGGCAGCGACGGCGAGGACGGGGACGGGGACGGGGACGGGCCCGCGGAGGGCGGAUCUGGUUCUGGAGAGGAAGGAGAGGAAGAUGAGGACGUGGCAGACUCUCUGGGGAAGAUGGGAGCCGGUGGUGCUGCCAGUUCUGACGAGGAGUCCGAGAGCUGCCCCAUCUGCCUCAACGCCUUCAGAGACCAGGCCGUGGGGACCCCGGAGAGCUGCACCCACUACUUCUGCCUGGACUGCAUCCUGGAGUGGUCCAAGAACGCCAACUCCUGUCCCGUGGACCGCAUGGCCUUUAGCCACAUCUGCAUCCGGGCUGCGCUUGGCGGGAGAGUCCUGAAGAAGCUGCCUGUGGAGAGCACGGGCGCCCAGCCUGAGGAGGAAGAGGAGGACCCCACCUUCUGUGAGGUGUGUGGCCGCAGCGACCGGGAGGACCGCCUGCUCCUGUGUGACGGCUGUGAUGCCGGGUACCACAUGGAGUGCCUGGACCCCCCCCUGCAGGAAGUGCCCGUGGACGAAUGGUUCUGCCCCGAGUGCAGUGCCCCUGCAGUGGCGGCGGCUGCAGACACGGGCCCCGUGAGUGAGGAGGAGGUCUCCCUGCUGUUGGCCGACGUGGUGCCCACUGGCACGCGGCUACGGCCUCGCACGGGGCGGACGCGGGCCAUCGCCCGCACGCGGCAGAGCGAGAGGGUCAGAGCCACGGUGAAUCGGAAUCGUAUCUCCACUGCCAGAGGCGUCCAGCACGCGCCAAGAUACCUCGUGUCGUCUCUGCUGGACGAGACCAUUGAGGCCGUGGUGGCCGGCCUGAGCACGGCCGUGUAUCAGCGUCCCCCGGCUCCACGUGCCCCCGCCAAGCGCAGACGCAAGACAGGAAGGCGGAAGAAGGUGUCGGGAAGAAAGAAGACCCAGCCCAAGUCGUCCGGGAAAGGCCGGAGCUCGGGGACAAGAUCUAAGAGACGCCAGGGCCGCGUGAAGAGGCGGGCGAGGGUGCCCAAGAAUGAAGUCACGGCACGCUCCCGCAUGGCUCGCACCCUGGGCCUCUGCAGGCCUGCCCGAGGAACCUGCCUCCCCACUGUGUACAAGCCUGCAGACUCCUCCCUGGCGCUGAUGCGUGCUGACAUUGGGGCGGCCGCCCUGUCUCUGUUUGGGGACCCCUAUGAGUUGGACCCCUUUGACAGCAGUGAAGACCUGUCUGCUUCUCCUCUGAGUGCCAAGCGGAGGGUGCUGUCCCGAUCGGCCCUGCGGUCACACCAGCCCGUGGCCAGGCCGGUCUCCAUGGGCCUCUCCAGGAGGAGCCUCCCUGCUGCGGCGCCUUCCCCCGAGGUGGACACAGCACCCAUGCCCGACCUGCUAGGCAGCAUCCUGUCGGACCAGAGUCUGCUGAUGAUGGACAGCGCCGACGUCACCAUCCACCGCGACGGCUCUCUCAGCACCAAGCGGGCCGCGCCUGUGUCUUUCCCGAGAAGCCCAGCCGGUCUGUCCAGGUAUGGCGAGGACUCCAGGGCCCACACUCGGCCAGGAGUGCCACGUGUAGGAGACGGACCAGGCGCGGGCAGCGGUGGGGGCAGACGUGCCCCGGGCCCCCCGCAGGCUCUGCACACCCCCGCCUGCGCUCGCACCCCCGCCUGCGCUCCUGCACCCACCGUGGGCACGGCCUUGAGACCAGAGUCUCUGAGGCCCCAGAAGCCCGCUCCAAAGCAGAGUGGCCAUGCCCAGCCGGAAGGCAGCGGCCAACAAGGCCCCCUGCUCAGCGCUGCCACCUCUGAGGCCUCAAACCGUGGCUCUGGCGCUCCUGCCCCCAGGCCGGCUCCCCUGAGGACCGACCUCUCCCAGCUGCCCCGAAUACCGAAGGUCAGCAGGGAACACGCCGACGUGGCCCCCCGCCCGAGGCAGCGCGUGGAGCUGCCUGGCUCCUGCAUCAGCCGGCUGACAGGUGGGGCAGGCCCCGGGCAGCCCAGCCGCAGCGCCCGGGCAGAGGGCGAGCCUAGCAGCCGGGGCGCGCAGGAGCCAGGUGGGCAGGCAGGGGGCACCCGGGGUCCAGGGCCAAGGGCACCCGGCAGAGGCAAGGGCCUGGGCUCCUCCUUCGAGAGUUUCCGCAUCAACAUUCCCGGGAACGCCGCCCCCGUUGGCCGGGCCGCCACCCCCGGCUUCUACAACACCUUUCGGCCGGUGGCUGGCAAGGCACCACGCGAGGAGAGCCCCGUGCCACCGUUCUCUCUGCGCAAGAACAGGCAGGUCAAGAGCGAGAUCUAUGACCCCUUCGAGCCCACGGGCUCCGACUCCAGCUCCUCGGGCCACAGCCCCGAGCACCGGGGCACUGCCCCACUGCCCUCCGAGAUCACGCGCACCAUCUCCCUGGACAGCCCCCCGGCGCCCCCGCAGCGGGCCGUGCGAUGUGUCACCUCCUAUACCGUGGAGCCCCUGCUGCUUCGGUGCCAGCUGCCCGGGGAGUCGGACGGGGAGCAGGAGGGGCCCCCGGGCAGCCCGGGCCCAGCCGCCCAGCUCCGGAAGCCAGGCCCCCCUGCGCCCAGGCCCUGGGAGGACGAGGAUGACGGGGACGGGCCGCCCUGCAGCGCCUUCUUCAGCUCCGAGGAACGCAUGGUGACUUGUGUGACCAUCGUGGAGCCCGAGGCCACGCGGCCCACCGUGCACAGGAUUGUGGAGCUGCGGGCCCCGGCCCCGGCACGCUCCAGCAGCCCGAGGAAGGAUGUGAGGAAGGGGGCGGAGGCCCAUGAGCGCAGGAGGACCCGCUCCCGCUCCCCCAACAGCUCCCGCUCUGCCUCGCCCCCACCCAGCAACCAGGCCAGGAGGCGGCCCAGAGCACACGGCCGGCGCUCCUCCAGCGAGUGCUCCAGCAGCCACGAGCGGGCCCGGAGAAAGAAGGGCAGGGACCGGAGUCGGGACCGCAAGCGGCCCUCCCACGAGGACAGGAGCCGCCGCAAGAGGCCACGUGGCCGGGAGGGUUCACCCCACAGCAGCCCGGACCGCGCCCGCCGCCGCCGCCACCCUCACACCAGGGAGCGCAGCCGGGAGCGCCCCCGAGAGAGGAGACGCAGGUCCUGGUCCCCAGGCACUGAGCACCAUGCCCGGGAGCACCGGCGGCCACGCUCCCGAGAGAAGCGGCCUAGGCCCCACUCCCCAGAGAGGAAGAUGGAGGCUGCUGAGGUGUCCCCAGCACACUGUCCACAGGAGCCGGGGCAGGACAGGGCACCCCCUGCCCCAGAGGACCCCAGGCAGGACAGGGAGCCCCCUGCCCCAGAGGACCCCAGGCAGGACAGGGCGCCCCCUUCCCUGGAGGACCCCAGGCAGGACAGGGUGCCCUCUCCCCGGGAGGAUCCCAGGCAGGACAGGGCGCCCCCUCCCCAGGAGGACCCCAGGCAGGACACGGUGCCCCCUGCCCCAGAGGACCCCAGGUUGGACAGGGCGCCCCCUCCCUGGGAGGACCCCAAACUGGACAGGAUGCCCCCUGCCCGGGAGGACCCCAAACUGGACAGGAUGCCCCCUACCCGGGAGGACCCCAGGCUAAACAGGAUGCCCCCUGCCCGGGAGGACCCCAGGCUGGACAGGGCGCCCCCUCCCCGGGAGGACCCCAGGCUGGACAGGGAGCCCCCUCCCCGGGAGGACCCCAGGCUGGACAGGGCACUCCCUCCCCGGGAGGACCCCAGGCUGGACAGGGAGCACCCUCCCCGGGAGGACCCCAGGCUGGACAGGGCGCCCCCUCCCCGGGAGGACCCCAGGCCUGGUGCAGAGCUCCCCCAGGAGGAGCUCCCAGCCCUGGCAGGAGGGGAUACCCUGCCCGAAGCCCCCUGGAGCAUGGCCCCAGCACCCACUGGGGUCCCUGAGAUGCCAGCUGAGUGUCUCCCGGAUGACCUAGACUACGGGGACUCGGUGGAGGCAGGCCACGUCUUCGAGGAUUUUGCUAGUGACCCCGUCUUCAUGCAGCUGGAUGACAUGAGCUCCCCCCCCUCCCCGGAGAGCUCAGACUCUUCGCCAGAGCGCAGCUUCCCGCCCAGCCUCCCUGCAGUCCCCGCUGCUCCCCCUGCCACCUUCCAGGAGCUAUGGCCACCCUUCUGUGGCCAGGAUACUGGGGGAGCCCCAGCACAGGGCCUCCAGGAGCAGCCUUGGCCCCAGCAGGACGCAGCAGAGCCCUCCGCGGGACUGGGCCUCCUGGAAGGCCAGGUCCUCGCAGCCGCAGGGAAGGAGGGCACCCCCCAGACCACCCUGCUGCGAGCCAAGGCCCUGGUGAAGCGGGUCACCUGGAACCUGCAGGAGGCCGAGGACGGGGUGCUGCGGACACCACUUCCCCAGCCACUGAAACCCCCAGAAGGGGCCUGGGGUGUGGCACAGAUGGCCCCCUGUUCUGGGCUCCCUGCACACCUGCUGCAUGAGCCCUGUCUCCCUGCCGGCGAGCCUCCUCUGGCCCACAGCCCCGGCCUGCUGCCCGCCCCGGCUCUGUACUCGGCCGCCCCGCCCUGCACACUUGCCAGCCAGCCUGCGUUCGUCCUCCCGGGGGGCCUGCCCCUGCUGGGCUGCGGGCUGACCCCUAGCCUGGCCCCUGUGUCCACCACCCCACCUGCGGCCACGGAGCCCACCGGCCGUGCUGCCAACAACUCGGACGAGAGGACUGCUGUGCCCAAGCCUGCCGCCGAGAAGGCCAGGAAUGAGGAGUACAUGAAGAAGCUGCAGGUGCAGGAGCGGGCCGUGGAGGAGGUGAAGCUGGCCAUCAAACCCUUCUACCAGAAGAGGGAGGUGACCAAGGAGGAGUACAAGGACAUUCUGCGCAAGGCCGUGCAGAAGAUCUGCCACAGCAGGAGUGGGGAAGUCAACCCCGUGAAGGUGGGCAACCUGGUGAAGGCCUACGUGGACAAGUACCGCCACAUGAGGCGCCAUCGCCGGCCCGAGGCCCCGGAGGAGACGGGUGCAGAGGGCUGAGCCACCCCACCCCACCCCACCCACUCCCGGUUUUUAUAUGUACAUAGUUUCCAAAGUGUUGUAAUUUAUCAAAACGCUUAUCUUUAGA